UAAUUAGUGAUGCGUACUGCUAAAAUUGGGCUGUUACUAUCAUCAACAUUAAUCAAUGCUUAGUGAUGCGAGGAUACCAUACUUGGGUUUCUUCUAUCACAAAUAAAGCGACGCGUACUGCUAUACUUGGGCUGAUACUGUCGCUGUUUUUAAAAAACAUUUGCUAUAUAGAAAUGUUUUUGCAGGCGAACCAUUGGAUGUGCCAUCCCCUGGGUCUUUAUACUGCCAGUCGCCACUGAGGGACCACCAAACUGAUGAGGCACCUCGACCGUUAUCACCAUGUCCGCCUUUGUCACCUCAAGAAAUCGCGCCACGUCCCGACUCGCCACGACCUGAUGAGGUUGUUGAACCGCAACCGGGAACAUCGGUGGACAAUGAUAAACAAAAUGAAGAGCUGGAGCUGGAUGAAGACGUCCUUCAAUUGUUAGGAGACGCUCCAAAAACCGACACCUCGCUCGGCCCUGCGAUCCAUAAGGAUGUAGCCAGCAGAUGGCAGGACAUCCUUUCCAAAGGACUUCCUAAGGAAAUAAAAGAUAUCCUUUACAAAGAAUAUCUAGUUCCCAAUAAUUGCGAUUUGUUGCUGGCCCCUGCUCUCAACCCGGAGGUAAAGGCUGCACUGCCUGAAGCUUUAAUUAAAAGAGACACGUCGCUCAGCUACAGGCAAAAACAACUUGGGGUUGCACUGUCGGCUCUUGCAACAGUCACCCAAAUGGUCAUAGCGAAUGAGACGUCAAAACAAAAAAUUUUAAAGCCUUUAAGUGAUGCGUGUCGUUUACUGUGUGACAGCCAUCAUGCUGAAACGAGGACACGAAGAAAAUUUGUAAUAUCCUCGAUUAACACCAAAUUAAAAGACGCCCUAAUAGAAACGAAACGAGAUGCGUUACUGUUCGGUGAGAAUAUCUCGGACAAACUUAAAGCGGCCAAGUCUAUCCAACAGUCAGCAGCGCCAGGCGGACAACAAACGCCACGACAACCGUUUCGCUCGUGUGCCCAACAUAGCGUCGCGUCCACCUCCGAGCAACAGUGCACGACGACCCCCCGACCGGACGUACCCGCCUUCGAAGACACCAGCUCCGCAGCGGAGGCAAUAAUCGACCAGGAUCAACCACAACCUACACAGAACUCUGAAGUUGGUUGCCGCGAAGCUUUCAGGCAAGCUUUACUAAGGAAAGGCUUGUCACCAAGUACGGUACAGAUAAUGUUAUCAUCGUUAUCUGAUUCUACCUACAAACAAUACGAUGGCUGCAUAAAGACAUGGAUAAACUACUGCAGUACCCACAACUAUAGCUACAUCUCUGCAUCUGUCCCUGUAGUUUUACAUUUUCUUACCGAUUUAUUUAAUAAAGGUGCUAAAUACGGUACCAUUAACUCCUAUAAGUCUGCCUUAUCAUUAAUUUUAUCUAAUUUAGAAGAUGAUAGGGUAAAACGCUUUAUGAAAGGAGUUUUCAAAUCGAGGCCAACAAAUCCUAAAUAUCAUAUAACCUGGGAUCCGAGUAUAGUUCUCGAACAUUUAGCCCAACAGUGGCCAAAUAAUGAACUCAGUUUGGAAACUCUUUCCAAAAAGACUGCAACUCUAUUGGCUUUGGUAACAGCGCAUCGAGUACAAACACUUGCUCUUAUUAAAUUAAAGGACAUUGAUAUAAGAGGCACAAGUGAAAUAAUAAUAAUGAUUUCAGAUUUAAUUAAAACUUCUAAGCCGUACUCGUUACAGCCUCUUUUAAGAAUUCCUUACUUCAAUAGUCGCUCGGAAAUCUGUCCAGCCAAAUGUCUAGAAUCGUACAUAAAUAAAACAUCAACACUUCGACAUAAUGAUCAUUUAUUUAUUAGUUUUAAAAAACCAUACUCAAAAGUUACCUCCCAGACGCUCAGUAAAUGGAUAAAGGACACGCUUCAUAACAGCGGAGUAGAUACUUCUAUAUUUAGUGCUCAUAGUACUCGCCAUGCGUCCACAUCCACUGCCAAUAGACUUGGGGUCAACAUUGAUGUUAUACGCAAAACUGCGGGAUGGUCUGAUUCUUCUGCAGUAUUUGCUAAGUUUUACAAUAGACAUGUAAUUACUGAUCCUACCAGCUUCGCUAAAACAUUGUUAUCUAAUAAUGAUUGUAACCUGCAAGAAAAAUAAUUAAUGGUUAAAUUAUGAAAAUAAUGUGUGAUUUAUAAUAUUUAUAGUUAAUUGAUUAUUGCAAAUAAAAAUAUGAAACUUA